AUGAACGAAAAUAAAAUUGGGUAUGAACAGUCAAUAGCUGUCAUUAAGUAUAUGAGAGAACGAAUGUUUUUGUUUGAAAUUGAAAACAAAUGCUUAACACACAAUUUAAAGUAUUCACUACGAAAAUCACAGAGUUUACAGCUAGAAAAUGCCAGAUUGAUACAACUAGUAGAGGAUCUAGAAGAAAAACUAGAAGAGUACAGUAGAGAAUCAGAAGAACUUGAUUCAACUAUCGAUGCCUUGAUUCAUACCCGAGCGCUGAUGAUGACAGAAUUAGAGAUGUUAAGAUCAGAGCUUCGUGCAUACCAGGAAGAUAAUGGAGGGAUACAAAUUGUAAAAUUGGACUGUGGAAGAGGCUUCGGGAAAAUUUAUGAAAGAUUGAAGAAUGCCUCCACAGAUAAAAGUUCAAGCUUGAAACUGUUUAAAAGAAGAUUAUUUCCAAAUCAAACAAAUAGUAAACCUCAAUAA